AUGGCAGAACAACUUAUUGCUACAAAUACUUUGCAAUCACGGCUUCACCGAAAUGGAAAAAAUAGUCUUAGUUCCAAGAAUUUUACUAGUCAACUUACCGAAGAGAAUCUUAAACUUCAUACCACAAUGGGGCCAUCAGCACGAGAAACGAAAACGCAUUUAGUAUUGGUAUAUGUGGACCUUCAAAAACAGUUGGUAGCUCUUGAGGAACAAAUGCGGAUAGAAGCAAAAGCCGCACAGGAAAAAUUUACAAUGUCUUUGCCUAAAGAUACUCCAUCCGUUAUACCAGAAAUUAUACAAAUACCGAUAUCUAAACCUAAUCCUACUUCAUUACCAUCUCCACCUCCCAUUGAAGAAAAUGAUUUAUCUGAACCCUACGACCUUAAUUCUACAUCACCACCAUUAAAAAAAUUAAUAAAAAAUAUGAAAAGUACACAUCGUAUAAAAUCAUUAUUUAAGAAUCAAACAAAAAAGGCUGUUAAUUCAGCUGACAAUUUGUCUCCUGCUUCUUUCACGUCUUCUCGUACUUCAUAUUUUGAAAGAGAUAACACAUCACUCAAUGUGGAGCCUUCCAUACAUCCAACAUGUUCUCAAUCCUCUCAACGUUCAAAAUCUUUAAAAAGAUCAAAAACUCCUUUAAAAAGAAUUUUUAUUCCACCACCUACUUAUAAUAGAUCAAAUAGCGCUGAAACUUUGAAUACUUUGACUCACAAUAAUAACUCUACCUCAUCUCCCCAUAAUAACUUAGCAUGUAGUAUCACUCGACAUUCUUCUGCUCCCUCCACACCAUUGUUUCCAAAUUGUACUGCUCAUUCGAAAAAUGAUUUAAGAUUAGACACAGCUUCUGCGACUAAUAAUGAAAGAUGUGAAAAUUUAAUGCUAGAGUAUCGUGAUAGUGGAAUAGCAUUGGUUUCCCCAGGUGGUAAAUCAAAUCAUUCACGAGAACAUUCAUUUUCGACCUUAUUACGUAAGAUUGAUCUAUUUAAUGCCUUUAAUCAUCAAAACGGUGAAAAAAAGGUACAAAGGGUAAAAAGUAGAGGGUCAGUUCAUUCUGCGUUUACUAAAUCUAAAGAAAAUGAGCAUGAAUUAUUAGCUUUUCGCUAUCCGAGUUUAAGAGACAUUGAUGACAUGAGAUACUCUACUGGCAAUCUCUGUAAUAGAAUAUUUGAUCAUGAUGACAGUAUUGGAAUUAGGAAUGAUAUGAGAUCACUUUAG